CGGGGACCUUAUUGUCCUCUAUUGUUCAAGGUCCCCAAUUGAAUGCAGAAACAAACUCACACACACACAAAUUGUUUGAUAUCAUUGGGUUGUCAGCAUGAUGAUACAUGUUUCCUCACUGUAGCCUACAGUGUGGUAUGGUGGAAACACACAUGCAUCUCUACAUUGUGUCAAAGUUUGCUUCAUGUACAUCUACACUGUACAUGUAUCUUCAGGUGUGGAUUCAGGGCGGGGGGGUCAACCCCUCCCUUACAAAAAAGUACAGAAAAUGGCAAAAUAAUAAAAGAUUACUAAACUACAGUAAGUGCAUCCAUAAAAUUGUAGACAAUGUGUGUCAUGUAAUGUUUCACCAUUUUUUUUCACAAAAAAGAGGCAUUAAAACAAUUCUCCAGCCUUACUUUCCCCCCCCCCGGAAAAAUUCCAGGAUCCGCCCCUGAUGCUGUGUAGGGGUACACUUUCAAUUGGUUAAACAAGUCCCAAGUGCAAUAGAGCUGAUCUUUUGAUGUACAUGUCGGCUACAGCUGCACUCUGUGCGGGGCCGUGAUGAAUAGACCCGUAGUUUGUAAGCAGGGCCCUGCAAGUAUGUAUUAAUACUCUUUUCGAUCGACAGAGGAGGUCAAAGGGUUGGAAAGAACUCCAUACACAUGCCAAUAUUAGAGGCCGCGUCCGAAACGGGCUUCCACAGCUACGGCUAGGUCUAUUGUCUACGCAUCUCCACACAUUUCCAAUGAAGCGAAGACCGAGACCCAGCUCAGGAGACCUUUCAACCAUCAAAAUGCAACGGAAUGCCCGGAUGUCAGACAAUGGGAAUCUGGAAAUGUAAUCUCCAAUCACCUUUUUUUAUCCCAUUGAUUAGACUUUGAACAGCUUACCCUCUAGUUAGGCGUACAAAUUGGACAUUUACCAGUACACGUAUGAUAUAUGUAAAUCAAAUUACCUUCACGCCAAGCUAAGCUGAGGCAAGCAACUCUGUCGACAGGAUUGUUAGGCUUGCAGAGGUGUAGAAAAGUAAUCGUAGAAUUUCAAGAAGCCAAAAUGAGCAAGAGGGUAGCUGUCAUCGGUGCUGGUACUAGUGGUAUGGUGGCCAUCAAAUGCUGCCUGGAUGAGGGCCUCCGGGUCACCUGCUUUGAGAGAUCGGACCGAGUCGGUGGGCUCUGGGCUUACAGGGAGGACCGGGAUGGCCAGGGCUGCGUGUUUAAGUCCACCAUCAACAACACCAGCAAAGAGAUGAUGUGCUACAGCGACUACCCUAUUCCCAAGGAGUACCCCAACUUCAUGCAUCACUCCUACAUUGAGAAGUACUUACUGAGCUACGUGGACCACUUCGAUCUGAAACGGCACAUCCAGUUUCGCACCGAAGUCAAGAAAGUCGCUCAGGCUGCCGAUUAUGACACGACGGGGCGGUGGCAAGUCACCACGAAGAAUCGUGACAGCAGCGAGUGCACCACCGAUCUCUUCGAUGCUGUGAUGAUCUGCACCGGUCAUCACACAACCCCUCACACCCCUGACUUUCCAGGUCUCAAGGACUUCCAAGGAACAGUAACCCACACUCACGAAUACAAAACACCCUACCAUUUGAUCGACAAGCGAGUUGUCGUCAUUGGUCUUGGUAACUCUGGAGGGGAUGCAGCUGUUGAACUAAGUCGUAUCUCAUCAAAGGUCUUCCUGAGUACAAGGACUGGAGCUUGGAUUUUGAAUCGUGUGGGUCCUCAGGGUAAUCCAUUUGAUAUUGUGAUAACAAGGCGAUUCAUGGACAUCUUACCUGACAGUUUGAAAAACACUAUGACAAAGUUGCAGCUGCAAAGGAAAUUAGAUCAUUCCAAGUAUGGACUGCGGCCCAAGCACAACCCACUCCAGGCCCACGCCCUUGUCAAUGACGAUCUGCCAAAUCGAAUCCUGAGUGGUGCUGUUACCGUCAAGCCCAACGUGGCCCGCUUCACCAAAACUGGCGUUGAGUUCGUGGAUGGGACAUUUGAGGAUGACAUCGACUGCGUGAUUCUCGCGACUGGAUACACAUUCAGCUAUCCCUUUGUGGACUGCCCUUCGUUCCAAGUGGUCAAGAAUGAGGUGUCAUUGUACAAGUAUGUCUUUCCCACUGACCUCAAACACCCAACGAUAUGCACCAUUGGCCUGGCUCAGCCUUCUGGAGCUAUCCACCCCAUCUCUGAGCUCCAGUGUCGUUGGGCUGCCCGUAUAUUCAACAGCCAGGCACGCCUGCCACCCCGCCCAGAGAUGGAAGCCUCCGUCAAGAAAGCCAAAGAUGACAUGAGCAAGCGUUACAUCAAAUCUCAACGUCACACCAUCCAAGUGGACUGGAUCAAGUACAUGGACAGCAUCGCUGUUGAGAUAGGAGUCAAGCCAGAUUUGUGGAAGUUGUUCUGGUCGGAUCCAGCCCUGGCGCUUCACUGCUUCUUUGGUCCUUGUUUACCCUACCAGUACCGCCUGAUGGGACCUGGGAAGUGGAAUGGAGCAAAAGAUGCUAUCAACACCAUGUGGGAGAGAGUCGAUGCACCACUGAAGACGCGCCUCCCCGCUGUCCAAGAGGAUAAGUCGGGGGCCGCAAUUAUGCUACUGUGGUUCGGUUUGGCUUUCCUUGUCAUAUAUAUUGCUAGACUCAUUGUCUUGUAAAAUUGUAGCCUUGUUGCAUAAUGAAACUUUCCUACCUUCUUUUUAAUUCAGUGAAAAUAAUCAAUGACUUGCUUAAAAUAUUUUUAUUCGUCCAAACCAAACACGCAUCGUUAUUGAUAUGUACACAGUACUAUAGUGACAGACUCAGUGUCUCGUGAAAAUCCUACUAUAAAAGUCCUUUCAUUAAUUGAUACUUGGAAGGAGGCCCUAUUAAGUAAGUACCAUACAAGCACAUAUACCACUAUGUGUACUUUUAUCGGUAUGUCAGUGAUGUAGGUUGGUGUACAUGUACUUUACUCGUAUAAGGUUAGCUUUAUGCAUACCCCGUAAUGCAGAUGUGGGUUGGUCGGUGCACUCACCGUACAUACCGUUGUUUCAAAUUUAUCAGAGUUUGGUUAGGAGUAGGCAGUGGGUGUGCAUCGACACUGUAUGUGAUAGAAUGUGUGUUUCAGAAUCUGCUUAGGCCUAUGUACGCUAGCACCAGCGUGCGUGUACAUCUAUAAGCGUACCCAUUCGUGUAUGCAUGCCCAGUUAGAUUAUGUACACCAUGUUUCAGUGGAGAGAAAAGUAGCUUGCCAAUCACAAUUUAAGCCUUAACAUUAACGGCGUGUACCGUUUGUUGUACACUGUGUACAGUAAGUACAUGUACAUGCACAUUGCACUGUUUAAUUAAUGCAUACAUGCAUAAUAUAGUGAUUUAAACGAGCAGAGUGAUGUAAAUAACCUAUGCACUACACUUGUCCAUUCAUCAGAAGCAACUAAUUUUACAUAAAAAAUAUGUGUAAAUUUUGUAAUUUUUUCAGUGUAUCAGUUACAUGUAUUUACACCUUUUGAUGCUGCUGCUUGCAUACAUUUUGUUUGACAGUUAAAAUCCAGCUAGUGUAAACCUUUCGCUUUGAACCUUUAACGUGUUAACUUUGAAAACAUGUUGACUUUAAGACUUCUAUUAACAUUGUCGUUGCCAGUUUCAGGGGAAGGGUUGUCCCAACACACCUCUGUCCUGUACAUAUCCUGUAUAAGUCUGUAGGCUAGUGAUAAUGCUGUUUUUCAUCGUCAGAAACACGGAUGUGAUGCCACCUAGUAAGGGAUAAAGUUCGUGUAAUACAGAGUACGAUGUGAGAUACAUUUUAGCAACAGUCUGACAUUUAAGCCAGUUAACACUGCAAUGUAUUCAGAUGAAAAUUAUAAAAAUAGAGUCCUUGACUGUUGACAAGUUGCACAAGUACAAACUGCACCAAUGUGACCUCUGAUAGGCUUAUAGUUACAUUCUACCGCCAUGGCAAAUUAGAGUUUGAUAAAUUUCAUUGUUGAACUAGGAUAUGGAGUGCACCCUUUAUGUCAGCAGUAUUGUUCAUUACGUAGAAUGCAUGUAAACGUACAUGAAACACUCUUUUCAAAUG